UUUUUUUACAUGGUGAAAGGUGACAUGUGUCUGAGGGUGAUGGAGCAAGGGAAACCAAAGGACAUAAUAAUCAGAGAAGGAGAGGUUGGUUCUUAAUAACAUCUAACGUCUGUCAUUAGAUUGGAAUCAAAAGAUCUUUUAUACCUACCUAACAUUCUGUCACACAAACUGCAUUUUUAUUGAAUUUAAUUGUAUGUAGUCACACAUCUCCUUACAGCCACCUCUCAGUCCUCGCAAUUUUUCAGCAGCAAAUGGCAAUUGCUGCCGAUGAUGCUGCAGACAGCAGAAAAUGAAAUUAUUGAGUCAGAUGGCAAUUUUUGCUAAUGAAUAUUUUGUGAGCACUACAUUCUGAAAAUUUGAUUGAUUCUUCUGAAAACAUUGCUGCUACAUUUAUGAACAGCCGGGCAUUUAGUAAAAAGAGAGAGUUCAUUUAUAUAGUUGUUUUUCCUUGUUGUUCUGCUUACUGUAUUAGUUGCAUGAAUUUUAGAAUUCAUUUGUUACUUCCUCUAAUAAAGACACCUCUCUAAUUCUCUAUUAUCAGCAAAUAUGGGACGCAGGUCUAAGGAGAUUAUAUAUUCUAUUUUUAGGUAUUUAUGUUGCCUUGUCAUAUUCCGCAUAGUCCUCAAAGGUCAGAAAACACUGUUGGCUUGGUAAGGCGAAUCUAUUUUAUAUUUCACCCAUUGAGUGCCAGCGCUCUCCCCUUGAUGAAUGAAUAAAGUUAUUAUUAUUAUUUAUUUUAUUUUAUUAAUAGCCAAUAAGGCUGCAUUGGGGUACAAUGUGAUCCAAUGGGUUAAUGAAGAUGAUACAGUUUUAUUCACUGUAUUAUGUCUGUAUGUAAUCAGGCAUCUAGAUUUUGAUUUGAUUGACAUAAACCAGUACAUUAUCCCAUCAUAUUUUAUGUAAUAUACAGGUAAUUGAAAGAGAACGAGAGGAGGGGGAGCAGGACUGCCUCAGGUACUGUGCACAGGGCUGUCACUAGGGGGGAGGUGACAUCUUUCACGAGAAAAAUACGUAAAAUUUCAAUACAUCAAAAUCAUUCCGCCUCACAUCCCCUACAGCCGCUAAUUGCCUAUUUCCACUCAAUCAAGAAAAUAUCACUUUUCUCAAGGUAUUACUGUGAAGACAACACAACCAUCUUGUUUGAGAAAUGGUUCCAUUGUACUGACCUGGGAAAAGACUUGGUUCCAAUCGUUAAAUCGUACGUCGUAUGCUUAUUUUUUUAACAUUUAAUUGACCAAGAGAGAGAGACUCGAGAGAGUUUGUUCAAUAAUGGCUAUUAACUUUAAUUAUCAAUAAUUAAGACCAGCUAGGGAACCAUUAUCUUCCUGUUCGCUGCUGAAGUUAUUUCUUAAAAUCUUGGUCUUAUAUUGACGUUUGUAGGUUUUUUACAUCUGAACAACAUAAAACAGGCAAACCAAUUCCAGGUAGGCCUAUAGAUUCCAUUGCAAUUAAUACAAAUUAGUGAUUAUGUGCCAGUAAAAUCUCUCGACAUUCGUGAAAGAGUAUAUAAAGGCUGAUUAAUUCACACUGAACCAGAUACCAUAGACAAAUUUGGGCAAUUCUCCUUAGUUCCGUUCACAUGAAAGGGGUGAAAACGCGCAAUUUGUUACAGAUCUUCAAACAAGUUCUAACAACGUUGUAAUUGUUAAGCCGAUAUCAGAAUGUGCCCGUUGUUGCAACAAGUCUGGAACAAGUUGUCAUUAUUUUGUUACGUGGUUGAUGACGUGAACAGACUUGCUACAAGUUGUUCCAACAAGUCUGAUACAGGCUGUUCGUAACAAGUUGCUACGAGCUUGUUGUUAACAACUUCUUACGUGCAAACGAUAUCAGACUUGCUGGAACAGCUUGUUGCGAGUGUCUGUUAAUUCGCCUCAUCAACCUUGUUACAAGACAAAAACAGUUGUUCCAGAAUUGUCAACAACUGGGAAUAAGUAGUGCGAACAUUUCUUGUUGAUAAGCUAUGAGAUUUUUGAAGUGUAAGUAGCUAACUAUUUUCAGUAAAUUUUCAUGUGAAGGGCCAACAAAUGGGAAGGACAAAUUUUUCGUGGUCCAUACGUAUAUACAGUGCGUCCGUUGUUUUACAGGCACGAUCACAGAUAAGCCACCAUUUCAGCUUGAUACGACAACUAAACUACAUGAUCCGUUCUCGCUGCGAAAGGUAUAAAUGAUCGUUUUUUUUAAACACUCCGUUACUUAUACUUACCAAAGUUUAGUAAAUUGAUUUUUAUUCGAGUAAUGCUAAAUUUCUUGUUUUAACAGUUUAAGUUUAAACAAACUCAGUCAGUUGAAAAACCUGUAAAGUACAAUUAUAUAUAGCAUUGUAUUUGUAGUGUAUUUUUUUAUUGCUAAGUUCAUAAUGUCAAUUAAAUUUAUUUUCAGUGGGUUGAAGACAAUAAAUCUGAAAUAAAAGAAAAAGGUUGCAAAGUUCUUUUCGAAACUGGACAGACAAAGGUAACGUAUAUACGUGGAAUACCUAUAAUAGUUGGUACUCCUUGUUAAUUAAUGAAGAAAUUUAGUUUUGUCUUAAAUUAUUUUGAAGUUGAUAUUAUUAAAUUAUUUUGAAGUUAUUUUGAAGAUAUUUUCGGAAAAUUUUCUGUCCGUGGAAAAUUUUCUUGAGUGAAAAUGGCCCUGUGAAAACGCGCGAAUUUCUUAUUUACAAAAUGUUUCCAUUUCUAACUAAUACAGAUAACAGUCCACGGACCAGGUGACUAUUUUACGGAUGGUGACUCAGAAACAUGGCUUUGGCAAAUUGUAAGGGUUCAUAUUUCUAAGAGUUUACACUUUUAUAUAUAUUUUUGUUACUUUACUUUCAGAAAAGGUGGUCAUGAUCAUACAGUCUAUCACUUUUAUGAAAUUACAAAAUAUUGUCCGCUUUAUCUCAUAUCGUAUUUAUCGUCUGUUAUUUUAGAAUGGCAAUUCAAAUUUUACCUGCAACGGUGUCGACACUAAAUUGGUGAAUAGUGAUGUAAUUUUGGUCCCGUCUGGAACGAAGUAAGAUAUACAAUUAUCUUUCUACCAGUAUUGUCUUUAAUCGUAUCGUAACGUACCGUAGAAUAAUAGAAUUUCCGUUUGUGUCAAAGUCAUUAAUUCCACUCAGGAAAGAAAUACGAGAUUUAACGCCGGAAAUUAUCUAACUGAUAAUUUUCUCAUGCAAUGCUUGUUUUCCAGAUAUUCUUGCAAGAUAGAAUCAGACGCACAAAUUGUUUCUGUGGUCAUGGAUCCGAAAAUGAAAUCGAAAUAGCUGAUGAAAUAAUCAAAGUAAAAGAUCUGCAAUAAUUUAUACUCUUUCGGAAAGUAGGUAGCACAGUCUAUCAAGAUAUGAUAGUCUGGAAACUAAACAGAAGUCAUUGUGUGAUGUUUUUGUCGGAGUUUAUGUUAAUUUGUGCACGGUCACGGUGAUUGAGCUCAUUGGAUUUUCGUAUAAUGAAGUAAUCAUCCAAUAGGGAUAGCUGUAGGAAUGUUCGGUAUGAGAAAUUUCCGGUAUCGGUAUUCCGAAAAAAUUAUACCGAUAUUAUCGGUAUACCGGUUUUCCUUUGAUAAUUAUAAAGGAAAUUUCUUUAAUGGAAGUUUGAAGGAAAUUUUGAGUAAUUCUAAAAGGGAAAACGAUAAUUUCGAAGCUGUUUCGAACAUGUUGCGAACGACAUGCACGUACUCAGUGUAAAAUCUCAUUGAAGUGGAAAUUCUAAAUCUUUGCAGUAGAAAGUUCUUUGAAUUGCCAUUCAGUAGUAAAAUAAAGGUUAUGGUUUCGCCAUAUAGUUGGUAAAUUUAACACGGUAUACCAAAAAAUUCCGGUAUACUGAGUAUCCGAAAUUUCGGUAUAUCGGUAUGGUUGAAUAUCCGGUAUCGAUAUACCGAUAUUGAUUUAAUACCGAUAUUUUCGGUAUACCGAACAGUCCUAGAUAGCUGAAGUGAAAUGUGCAACCACGAAUGAAUAAUAUGAAGUUGAGACAAAGGAUUUGUGUACCGUGAAGGUACAGUUCAACAUCAAACAAAGGGUUUUUAUUUUGUGGCUCUGAAGUUUGCCAGGCUUCCAGACCACCAUAUAUAUCUUGACAGACGAUUGUUGUAGUGAAACUAAAUAGCCAAGUAGCAAAAAUUGCAAGAUUAUUUAACAAGAAUGGGCACCAUCCAAUCAGGAUCCAGUGAUUGGAAUAUUCCAUUGUUUGUUUUGACAUUUUGAAAGGGCCUAUUUGUAACCCACGCAUACUCCAUAGACUUAGCAAAGGCAAAACUUAAUAGACAAACGGUAAAACUUUACUUAAUAAAUACUGAAAGUUUAUUUAAUAAAAGUGUUAUAUUACAGUCUGAUGCAAACAAUUAGUAACUGACAGUUACAGAAUGACCUCUAGAAAAUAAUUAAAUAUAUAACGUAAACUCAUAUCUUUAAUAACAUUUAUAAAUAGAAUUCUCUUAAAUAAAUUAAAUAUCCUUUCAAGCUAAACUUUAACAAACUUAAUAGUCCUUUAACUUUGGGUAUUGCAAGAGCAGAACACGCUUGAUGAAUAUGGUCUCCAGGAUUAUGGUCCCAAUAUACCAUAGAGGUGCGUAGUCGAAGGUGAUGAGCCCCAUGACGUGGUAGGUUGUGUAAUCAUGGUAAUCCCAGGGACACGCGGCAAACAGACGCAAUAUAUACCCGGUCGUAAAUUCCCACAGGUAUGUCCACAACAGGUAAACCAUCCCACGAACUGCCAAGGGUACUUUUGUAUGAAGCGACAAGAACAUUUGUUCAAUGGCAUACAUCGACACGGCGUAUAUAGGAAAAGCCCAUACGGAUGUACAGCCGUGUAAAGUCCAACCAAAAUUGUACUUGCUAUCCAAAACGUACCAGAGAGCUGUAAACAUAACUUCGGUGGAAAAUCCUAGCAUACCGUAGAAGAAUAAGCGUGUGACAACGGGAAUACCAGGUUCUGACAUUUUCCCAGAGUCGGCCAUCUUGAAUUUUGACAGGUGAAAACUGCUCGUGUUUUUUACUAACCGCGUCGUUACUUUGUAUACAAGGACGUUUUCAUUCCAGAUUUAGGCUAGUGUAGUGAGGAAAUUCGUAUUUUGAUAAUUUACAAAGAAAAUUUACAUAAUUUUUUACAUAUAAAAGUACAAAAGUACAAUAAAACUAGUUCAUUCAUUUAUA